AUGAGAGAUUCGGCUUCUGGCCUCGAGAACCGGGCCCGCCCGCAGGAAUUCGCAGACUUCAAGAUCUUUAAGGCAGAUGCACGCCAGAGAAACGAGGUGUUAAUGCUUGAGCCUGUUGUACAACUUUACAACUGUUCGAAGUCCACCACGGCACUCUUGAGCCGCAUCUUGUUGCCAGGUGAGGAGGUGCGAGCGGAGCGGUCCAACUGGGUUAGCGACAUUUCAACGGCUAUUCGGUUGGUGACCCAAUCGCUCUUCCCACCGUUCCGUAUUGCGUCGUGGCCUUAG